AUGGGUCACGCAGCCGGUCUCCGCGCGGGUACGCGCUAUGCUUUCUCGAGGGACUUCAAGAAGAAGGGUAUGAUCCCUCUCUCGACCUACCUCAAGCAGUACAAGGUCGGUGAUAUCGUCGAUGUCGUAGCCAACGGUGCGGUCCAGAAGGGUAUGCCCUACAAGGUCUACCACGGCAAGACCGGUAUCGUCUACAACGUCACCAAGUCUGCUGUCGGUGUCAUCCUCCAGAAGCAGGUCGGCAACCGAUACAUGGAGAAGCGCAUCAACGUCCGCAUCGAGCACGUCCGCCACUCCCGCUCACGAGAGGACUUCCUCAAGCGCGUCAAGCUCAACUUCGCCAAGCAACAAAAGGCCAAGGAGACUGGCGAGCCCCAGCAGAUGAAGCGCCAGCCCGCACAGCCCCGUGCCGAGCACAUCGUCAGCCUCAAGGAGCAGAAGCCAGAGAACAUCACACCCAUCCCUUACGAGACCUACAUUUAG